AUGGAAACUGCAGUAAAAAAUUGUCCUGUUGAGGAAAAAAAAAAACAAGAACAACUUUUUGACGAUGCUGACGAUAAAAAAAAUGUCAUCAACUCUCUUGUUAAUGGUUCAUCAUCACAAUUAUCCAUGAUGCUCUCAAUACCUGAAAAAGUAGCUGAGCAAGAAGUUGGUCCCGAAUGGAUAGAGCCUAUCAAAGUAGCUUGCCGCAACACUGAAAAAUACGAGUGUGGCCAUUCAAUUGGAGGUGUUUAUUGUAACCGUUUGUUAACACAAUCAUAUGUUGAAAAAAUAUUAGAUUUAAAAAGAUUAAAAAAUCUUCACAGUUUGACAUUAAGUAGCUGCACUCUAAACGAAAUUCUUCAAGCGAUUUCAGAAAAAACAACGCUUACAUAUCUCGACCUUACUAAUUUUCGCGUUAUGAAAAAUUGUUCAUUCAAUAUUGGUGAUGUAUUUAAUGAACUUGUACAUUUAGAGCACAUCAGUAUCACAAUAAACAAAUUAACUUUGAAUGUCCCCAACUGUAUUCUCAAUACAUGCAAAAAAAUAAGAUAUCUUGAACUACCAUUGUGCCACAAUCGGAAGCAACCUCAUAUUUCAAUUAAAAACUGGGAAAAUCUUAAGAACUUAGAGCAUCUCGACAUUAGAUGGAAAAUUACUGAUGACAUUGCAAUUCAACUUGUCAAAUAUUGCAAGAAAUUAAAAUACUUGAACAUUACUGGAAUGUCCGUUGACAAUAUUGCUUUUCAAGAAUUAACAAAGUUAGAAAAUCUUGAAUGUUUCAAACUAGGUUGCAUAAGUGGCUUUGAUGAUGAAACAAUGAUUGAAAUAUCAAAUAAUUGUAAGAAACUUAAAAUAUUCAAAAUUCAUCUUCCGUUUAGUUUGGUUGAUCCCAUACAACCCCCCUCUUCUCCUUCAUCAGUUAUUAAUUGUUUGUCAAAACUGCAAUAUCUUGAACAAUUAAUAUUGCUGGGGAUAGACACGAAUCAAUUUGACGAGGGUAGUAUUAUUGCCAUCGUUAAUACCUGUAAAACUUUGACAAAAUUGGAUAUAAGUUGGUCCUGGAAUAUUACUGAAACAACUCUCAUUGCUUUAACCAAUUUUGAAUCAUUAAAAGAAUUAAAGGUUACUGGGAUUGAUAAUGUAACAGACAAUGUUAUUUCCAAAUUAAAAGGAUUGAAAUGUUUCGAUUGUAGUAACUGCAAAAACAUUACUGAUGCUGGUGUCAUUCAAUUGAUAAAUAAUUGCCCUGAUCUUGAAAAUCUUAAUCUCCGAAGAACUCAUAUUACGAGUGACACGAUUAUUGGUGCCUCUGAAGCAACCAAAAACCGUAUAAAUAAUAUUAUUUUGACUAUAGACGUUGAAUGGAUACUUAGAGAAUCAUUCAAGUCCUUAAAUAAAUCUAUAUGGCUGGCUCUUGCUAUAAAUAAGUCAUCAUGA